AUGAAAAUAGAUCCGCUUGUGGAAAUUAGACGUUUCGAUGACUAUAACGCCUUUAGAGAUUAUGGAAUGAAAAAGAAGCAGAAUAGAUCUGAGGAAAUCAAUGACAAUGAUGCCAAAGAAAUAAAAUUUGUUAGGAUGUCUCAAUUACCUGAAUUGAUUAAGACUGAUGAAAAAGAUUUUGAUGAAGUCACAAAACGAAUAGGAGAUGAGGAUCGUACAAAGACAGUAGUUGAGGCCAUUGAGAGGCUGAGGUCAUUUGAAAGACAACAAGCAGUUAAAAUCACAUCAAAUCAGGAGAAUUUGAUCAAAUCUACAAAGAAUUUUGUUAAAAAGCUUGAUAAAGCUGUUAAGAAGAUGGAAAAAGCAGCAAGAAAACUUGAAGAAAGCAGUUAUAUUAAAAAGGAAGAUAAUAAUACAGCCAGGGAUAUCAAUGAAGGGACUAUUAAAAAGAACAAUGAGACUCCUGAGAUAAAGAAUAAACAAUCAACUACAAAUGGAGUAGAUAAGUUAGAUAAGGAAAUUAAAACAAUGAAGGCAUCCAAAAAACUUUUGAAAGAAAUUGAAGCGGCUGGAUUGAAGGAUAUUUCCCAUAUUAAUGAAGAUAAAGUAGAGAGCUCCAAAUUGCUUACUGAAGGAACAGAGGGAAUAAUACUCGCUGCUGAUAGUAGAACUUCUUCUGGUGCAUAUAUUCCAUCUAGAGUUACAGACAAGAUUAAUGCUAUAUCGGAUACCAUUUAUUGCUGCCGGAGUGGAAGUGCAGCAGAUACACAAAUAAUCAUCCGAAAUAUCAAACGUAAGAUCAACAAACUGGCCCUUUCAGAAAAUACAAAGCCAUCCGUUAAAAAGACCGCGACUUUAACCAGUAGUAUUAUUUAUAACAACAAGGAACAUAUGCUAGCCGGCUACGAUACAGAGUUCCAAAUUUAUCGAAUAAGUCCAGAUGGAUCAGUGUACAGUGGAGAUAUCAUUCUUGGGGGAAGUGGAUCUGGCUUCAUAUAUGGAUAUUCCGAUGCGCAUUAUAGAAAUGAUAUGACUCUUUCAGAGGCUGUGGAAUUUGCCAAAUGUAUGAUCAGACUAGCUAUUAACAGAGAUGCUGCUUCAGGAGGCCAAGACAAGCAGAGGUAA